GGCAGCACUGUUUAAAGACCCUCCGAUUACCCAUUGAGCGUGUGCGUACGCUGUAUCCCGUUGGCGCAGCGUGCGAUACUGCUCAUCCCACUCCUAUUCUCUUUUAUCCUAUAGGCGAUGGCGUUCCUCGCAGCAAUCAUCAAACCACUGGCAUACAUAUCUGUACCCGUCGUUAUACUCCGGUCGGUCGCUGCUUCGUCUCCCACGGGAAAAUACUAUGUGCGCCUUGGGAUGUAUAUCGGCACCCUGACGUUCAUCGCGACAUGGGGUGCCGCCAUCGCAGCGGGAAUGUCGCUGGUGAACAUGCGAUAUGACGUGAACAUCGUGAUUGCACGCUGUUUCUAUGCUUUGGCAAGCAAGGUCAUGAACAUCGAAAUCGAGAUAGAAGGACAGGAGCAUCUAGUCGCAGAACGCCCAUCGGUGCUGAUGAUAAAUCACCAGUCAUUUUUGGAUAUCCUCAUCGUCGGCAGGCUUAUCCCGCGACGCACGUCCAUUAUGGCCAAGAGCUCUAUACGGUGGACUCCUCUUGGACCUUUCAUGAUCAUGUCUGGCGCUAUCUUCGUUGACAGGGGAAAUAACGCGCGCGCCGUGAGCUCGCUAAAGGCUGCAGGCCAAACCAUGAAAUCAGGUGGUGUGUCUCUAUGGAUGUAUCCAGAAGGGACACGGCAUCUUUCCGAACAGAAUAACUUGCUCCCGCUGAAAAAGGGCGGCUUCCACCUCGCGAUACAAUCCGGGAUUCCCAUCGUUCCCAUCGUCGCGGAAAAUUAUUGGUGGUUGUAUCGGAAGGGUUUUUUCGGGACGGGCAAGAUCAAGGUCCGAGCCCUUCCACCGAUACAAACAGCAGGUCUAACAACCGAGGACGCCUCUGCCUUGUCAGUUCGUGUUCAUGAACAGAUGAUGGAGGUUUUAAACGAGAUAUCAAUGAACUCGCCCUCUCAAGAGAAGACAACGAAGAAUUCAAUUUCGUCAGCGACUGAGUCUGUAGAAACAACCACCGUGGCAGAAACGAAGCCGUCUGUUGAUGUCACUGAAGGAGACUCAGAGAAGACGCCGUUGGCGGUGGCGGGGACUCAGACCUCAACGCCCAGCGAGAGUGGAAGUGAUAAAGUGAAGGGCGAAGUCAGCGAGACCGGAACGGAAACGGAGGAGGAUGAAGGCAUGGUUCUGGUUGGACGACCGGCGUAAUGUGGCAGAGUGCAAUAGUUAUGCUUUCUUUGAAAUUCUAUUAUGAAGACUAGCAUUACAAUCGAAGACAUCAGGCAGUGCCUUGGUGAGUACAUUGUCCUCGACAUCAUCGUCAGGUCCGACUUUUUUCUUCAGACCCUCAGGGCGCUUCUGUCAGUCCGAACCGUUCCUGGUAGAAUGCCAGCUCUUCUUCA